CUACUCCAUACUCCGUAGAUUCCCCCGUGUUAUUGUGUUAUCAGUGUCAGGGGCUAUCAUGUCGGAUGCCUCGUGGCUCUUCUGUCUACUUAGACAUGUGUUUGCAAACGGAGCAGUGUUCCACUAGUUUCUUGGUCUAUUUGAUACCCGAAUUCGGCCGAACUUUGAAGCUGCUCCUGCCGUCGUACAAGUACCGCGUGCAGACAGGAGUUGGCAGGCUUAUCAGCCUAGAUACCUUAGGUACCUAGGCUCUCAAGAUAUCAAGUGAGCGACCAGUUCAGGUUUGAACUCUUGAAUUCUGGUCACUUCCUACGCCGCUUUCCAUAGUCCAAAGAAAUGGCAAAAAUCGCGAGCAUUCCCGUCAUUGACAUAUCCGGAGAGGGCGACCAGACUCAGGUGGCCAAGGAUCUGGUGGAAGCAGCAAUUGAGCAUGGCUUCAUUUACAUCAAGAACCUGGGCAAAGACAUACCAGUCGAAGCAAUAGAAGGGGCGUUUGAAAUGUCCAAGAAGCUGUUCAACGCUCCGCUGAGUGAGAAGCGAGCAUGCACCAUCCGACACAACAACCGAGGAUGGUCAGCCAUGCAAUAUGAGACGCUCGAUCCCGGGAACCAGCGUGUAAGUCAUCCCUUACUCCUUCUUAUUACUGUAGUGUCCCUUACCGACAAUCCCCAGACUGGUGACCUGAAGGAAGCCUUCAACUUCGGCCCCUUCAUCAACUCCAAAGCCCAACAACCCCUCCCACCGACCCUCACGGGGGAAGACGAGGCCGCCAUCGGCGCCUUCAGGGACCUCUGCGAGAAGCUCUGCCUCAAGCUCACAACGCUGCUUGGGCUGGGGCUCGAGGUUGACCCGCCCGACUUCUUCACCAGCGCGCACCUGACCUCACCGGACCGGCCUUCGGGCACCAUCCUGCGGUUCCUGUAUUACCCGCCGCACGAGCAGCUGCCCGCGCGUGAGGCGGUGGACCGCGCCGCCGACGUGCGCGCCGGCGCCCACUCCGACUACGGAUCCAUGACCCUGCUGUUCCGCCUCCGGGGCCAGGCCGGGCUGGAGAUACUCGGCCGCGACGGCAAAUCCUGGUCGCCCGUCCCCGUGGUCCCGCCGGGCACCGAGGAGGAUCCCGGGCCGCCGGUGCUGUUGAAUAUUGGGGACUUGUUGGCCUAUUGGACGGGCGGGUUGUUGAGGAGUACUGUGCAUAGGGUGGUCUUUGCGGGAGGACGUGACACGGAGCCGAGGUACUCGAUUGCCUUCUUCUUCCACCCAUGGGGCGGAGCGGAGUUGGGCGUUGUCCCAAGCCAAAGAGUCAGGGAGUUUGCUGAGCGGGGCGAUGCCAAGGCGGAGGGGAAUCCAUACGCUGAGAGGAAAGUGCUGACGGCGGAUGAGCAUUUGCAGAUGAGGCUGAGAGCGAGCUACGCGCAGCUUUACAAAGACAAGGCCUGAUGGUGUGGCGAUGCUGGAUUAGCCAGCUAGCUGACCGUCAGUUAUAGAGUUUCUUGCCAGUUAAGA